AUGAUCAGAAACAUUGUUUGUGCUCGCAAAAUGACAGUAAUGACAGGCAUGUUUGCUCCUACUUUCUUCUGCUACAAACCCUUCUCUUCUCCAUUAUCAUCCUUCACAACCUCUCACCCUUUUUCUUCAUCUUCCAUCAACCACACCUUCCCCUCCUUUUCUCUUUCAGCCACUGGUACCACGUGCUCACUCACGUGGGACGAUGUUUUUCGCAUAUCCAAAUCUGAAACUGCCAUAGAAGAAGACCCUUCGUCUUAUCUCCAAGGUUUCUUCCACAAAGUCCAACUCUGCAAUCGUGCUUCUGACAAACAAUCUGAAUUUGUUCCGUUUAUCGUUGAGGGCCGCGAUGUUGGAUUCAUUCACAACAGGUUUGUUGAACAUUUGCGAGGCUUCAACGAUGUGUUUGUUUUUCCCAAUGACGGAGGCCCUUUAGGUUAUUAUGUUACAUUGCAUCCAUUACUGAAGACGGCUGAAGAAAGAACCAGUGCGGUUGGUUAUGUAGUCAAGCAAUUGGGAGAGGAGCACAUUCCAGGUAUACGGAAUGAGCUAUACCCUGUGAAAUCCUCGUUUAGCACGCCUGCUUUCUUUUCGUUAGAACGCGCUGCCGCUCCUUAUUUUGGCAUAAAGGCUUAUGGAGUCCAUAUGAAUGGCUAUGUUGAGCUGGAUGGGCAGAAACACCUAUGGAUAGGGAAGAGAAGUCCGACAAAAUCCACAUAUCCUGGAAUGCUUGAUCAUCUAGUUGCAGGAGGAUUGCCGCAUGGAAUUGGUUGUCUGGAAAAUGUUGUAAAGGAAUGUGAAGAGGAAGCCGGAAUUCCGAGGUCCAUCUCAAUUAAAGCUAAAUCAGUUAGUGUCGUUUCAUACAAGGACAUCGAAGGAUAUAGAUACAAGAGAGAUGUUCUAUUCUGCUAUGAUUUGACACUUCCCGAAAAUUUUGUACCAAACAACAUAGAUGGAGAAGUUGAAAGCUUCAAGUUAAUCCCUGUUGAGCAAGUUGCAGAAGUCAUCCGCAGGACACAGUUUUUCAAACCAAAUUGCGCUAUCGUGAUCAUUGACUUCCUCUUUAGACACGGAUACAUAAGUCUUGAAAAUGAUGGAUAUUUGGAUCUCUUAAAAAGCUUAAGAAUAGGAGAUUGGUCAUGA